AUGCAGGAGCUGGCCCAGGGGGCAGCUGUGACGGAUGUUCCAGGGGCCUUAGGAGAAUUCUGUGUGGCCCAGUUUGCUGUUCUGUGUGCAGUGCUGGGCAGGAGUCUGAACCACCCCCGGCCGAGUCUUCUCAGCACCGCGGCGCCCCCUGACGAAGUGACCAUCAGUUACAGACAUGGCCUGCCCUUGGUAACGCUCACGCUGCCCUCCCGCCGGGAGCGCUGCCAGUUUGUGGUCAAGCCCCUGCUGGCUACAGUGGGCUCCUUCCUCCAGGACCUGCAGAACGAGGACAGGGGUGUCAGCAGUGUGGCCAUCUGCACCACAGAUGGCAAUUUAAUUCCAGCUUCAACCUCGAUGGACGUUUUGCUAAUGAAUGAUUUUAAACUCGUCAUUAACGAAAUGAUAUACGACGUGCGGUGUCCCCCCCGAGAGCAUCCAAGCGGUGGGAGCACUGCUGAGGUGGAGAGCUUCAAGUCCCUGGUUCACAGACUGUUCACCGCCCUGCACUUAGAAGAGCUCCAGAAAAAGAGAGAACACCAUUUACUGCAGACAAUCAGCGACCUGAAGGCGCAGCUGCAACCCCUGGAGCAGGUGAGAGCCGGGAUCGAGGCCCGUUCCGAGGCCCAGGCUAGUGGACUGCUGUGGGCAGGGCUGGCACUGCUGUCUGCGCAGGGGGGCGCGCUGGCCUGGCUCACCUGGUGGGUGUACUCCUGGGACCUCAUGGAGCCAGUGACCUACUUCAUCACCUUCGCCAACUCCAUGGUCUUUUUUGCAUACUUCCUCGUCACUAGACAGGAUUAUGCUUAUUCAGCCAUUAAGAACAGGCAGUUUCUUCACUUCUUCCAUAAAAAAUCAAAGAAACAGCAUUUUGAUGUGGUGCAGUACAACCAGUUAAAAGAAGAGCUCACUAAGGCUACAGAGGCUCUGAAGCAGCUGCAACACUCUGUGUCUGCAAGUCGCCGGCCUCGAUGAAAAGAACCUUUGGAUAUGUGUCCAUUAGAUGUUGAGUUUGAAAUCUAGAAACAAACUGGCACUUCUAGAGUAUCCAAAGAACCACUUGAGUAUUUCAACAGGCUUUUUGUUAAUAAAAUGCUUGCAAAGCACAGGUAGUCUGAGAUCUCAUUCAAGAUUUGGGAGAAGGAAGCACUGAGAAGCAAGCAGAAGGUAGGAAAAAUGGGGGAAAGGGAAGGUGCAGGGGAGAGCGAGGAAGUAGUAGAAUGAAGAUGUGAAGAUGGAGAAAAAGAGUGAAAGGGGAAGCAAAAUAGAGGAAGUAGAAACCAAGUGGAUGAGGACACAAGUGAAGAAGAUGGGGA